AUGCCUUCCUCAAUCAAUGACGAUGUCGAGGCUAUAGAACUAUGGCAUCCCUCAGCUCCCGAGAAGACGGAGAUGUUCAAAUUUAAGACUCAUGUUGGACAGAGAUAUAACCUGAAACUGAAGAACUACGACGACCUCUGGCAAUGGAGUAUCUCGCAACCAGGGGACUUUUGGGAAGAGGUCUGGCAUUACACAGGGGUCAAAGCACAUGCACCAUAUUCGAAGGUUCUAGACUCCAAAUCCUUGCUAUUUCCCAGACCGCAUUUUUUCGAGGGAAGCCGUCUAAAUUUCGCCGAGAAUCUUUUAUAUCCAGCAAAGUGCCCAGGCGACGAAGAAAUUGCCAUUAUCGGUGCCACCGAGGCGGAUCGCGAAUUUGUAUCAUGGAGAGAGUUAAGAGAGCGUGUCAGAGUAUGCACAAAUGCUAUGCGCCAAAGAGGCAUAACAGUGGGCGACCGCAUUGGUGGUUUUGUUGGCAACCACGUCGACGCCGUGGUGAUAAUGUUGGCUACAACCUCCAUUGGAGCUCUUUGGACUUCAAUCUCCCCGGACACCGGCGUCCAUGCGGUUGUAGAACGUCUUCGCCAAGUACAACCAAGAAUCUUGUUUGCAGACAAUGCUUCUCUUUACAACAGCAAGGUACAUGGCACCGAGCCCAAGGUUGUGGAUAUUGUGAAAGAAUUACCAUGCCUAGAGCAUGUCGUGAUAUUAGAAGCUAUAACAUUGGCCGAGCUUGAUUUCAACAAAGUGAGGCCCCAAAACGGGCUUGUUGCUUGGUACAAAGACUUUGUUCACGAAGCACAGGAUUCUACAGCACCGCUAAAAUUCGAGUCCUUAGACCCGGAUCAUCCUGUUUACAUACUCUACUCUUCAGGAACAACAGGUGCUCCCAAGCCUAUCGUUCACGGCGCACUGGGAACUCUUCUGCAACAUAAAAAGGAGCACGUCUUACAUAGCGAUAUAAAACCCGGCGAUCGCCUAUUUUAUUAUACUACAACCACCUGGAUGAUGUGGCACUGGCUUGUAUCAGGGCUUGCAAGUGCUGCCACCAUUGUCGUCUAUGACGGAAGCCCCUUCCGACCCUUUGAUGUGGAAGGUGGAAAGGGAGAGAUGGCUAUGGCUAGAUUGAUUGAGGAACUUGGAAUCACACACUUUGGCACGUCAGCAAAAUAUUUAUCAAUGAUUGAGCAGGCUUCUCUAAACCCGCGCAAACACCCCAACCGCCCUGUGCAACUCGAGAAGCUAAGAGCGAUAUUCAGUACGGCGGCACCAUUAGCACCUUCCACAUUCGAGUACAUAUACUCAUCGUUCCACCCAGACGUUAUGCUCGGCUCGAUUACUGGAGGUACCGACAUUAUAUCUUUGUUCGGUGCAUCCUGUCCGAUAUCACCUGUAUACAGAGGUGAGAUUCAAUGUCGAGGACUGGGAAUGGCCGUAGCCGCUUACGACUACUCUGGAAACGAUAUUACUAAAUCAAACGAGCCUGGUGACUUGGUUUGCACUGUACCAUUCCCUGCUCAGCCCGUCAUGUUCUGGCCACCUGGCCCUGAGGGAGAAGCAAAAUACAAAAAGAGCUAUUUCGACGUCUUUGGGCCAUCUGUAUGGCACCAUGGUGAUUAUGUUCGGAUCGACCCAGAUACAGGAGGAUUGACGAUGCUUGGUCGAAGUGAUGGCGUUUUGAAACCAGCAGGAGUCCGCUUUGGAAGUGCCGAAAUAUAUAAUGUCAUUCUGAAGCACUUUUCUCAGGAGAUUGAGGAUUCUCUGUGUAUCGGACGAAGGCGUGAAGGAAUGGAUAGUGACGAGACUGUCGUUCUUUUCAUCAAGCUUGUUCCAGAGGCUAUCGAAGUAGGCAUCCCACCGAUAUCUCAGGAUCUUAAGGCUAGGAUCCAAGCUGUUAUUCGCAAGGAACUCAGCGCACGUCAUGUGCCGGGCAUUAUUGAUGUCUGCCCGGGCAAUGAGAUUCCUUUGACCUCUAACGGAAAGAAGGUUGAGAAUGCGGUGAAACAGAUACUUUGCGGAUUGAAUAUCAAGACGUCCGCCAGCGUGGCUAAUGCAGGUUGCUUAGACGGAUAUAGAAAAUGGGCUGCAGAGCAUUAG